GCCACCUUGGCCCACUCCGCUCGAGAACAACAACAACACAAAAAAACCCCCCCGAAAAACUCUACUAUAACCUCAUAGCUAUCAUACCGCCAGUAUCUAGCUCUUUACAAUCGCCGCUAACAUGUCUUCCCUCUGGUUGACUAAGAAGCGGAAGACUGAACUUGUCGACUAUGCAGAGCAACUUGGCCUUCGGUACGAUCACUCUUGAUCUCGCAUUCCGGAUCUAUUUGCGCGUCGCCCAAGAGCGCAGCUAAUAAUUUUGGAAAACAGUGUCGAUGGCUAUCUUAAGCAUGAUAUUGAGAACCUGCUCACCGAUUAUCUGGACACUCAUUCCGAUGAAUACCUGAAUGACCCCACUUUCAGCGCAUACUACGACACGAUAGCUACGCGGUCCCCCGUGAAGCAUACUCUAUCCGUAGCGGCCGUUCCUGACGCCCCUCUGACGCGCUCAACUAGACGGAGAACUGCGCGGUACGCCGUUGAGAGUCUCACGGAGAACGCUUCUACGUACGUAUCCACCCUUCCUCACGGCUACGUCGAUUCCAGCCUGACCAUCGCGAUGGAACCGGCAGUGCGGAAGAAGAGAGCCCAGAGCCCCGCUCAGCCGAGAGAAAUUUGAGAUCCGGAUCUCGCUCUCUCUCAACUCGCACCCCUAGGAGCGUGCGAUCGCUUCGUGAGGCGGCACAGGUCCCCCUGCCACCGACCCCAGCUGCUAUCGCUGAUGCGAUCGAGAGUGGCACCAAUGCCAUCAGGGAGAGCGCGAAGAAGGCGGUAGAGAAGGUCGCCAUUCAAGACAAGGCGAUCAGUCUACGCGACCGCUUGUCGAAUGUCGUUUCCGUGAACGCCGUUUCGUUGGCGUAUGAAGCCAUCAUCUUGCUGUCUCACCUGAUCCCCUUCACCUACACUGCCAAGAUACCCACGAUACCGUUAAUUGAGAAUUCACCGAAACUCUUCCUUUUGCCGGAUCUCUUCGUGCUCUUGACCGCGGGUUUUUGGGGUCCGUUUGCGACAUGGCUGGCUACAGCCAUCUUUAUUCCCUUGGCUAACGCAUAUUUUUUCAACUUGACGGCAACCGCUGCGGCUACUGCUCGUUCGAGUUCCGAUUCAGUUAUGUAUAGGUCGGCCGAGGAGUACAAGGCGGACCCUCUCGCUUUUGCCGUGACCAAGGCUCUCAUUGCCUACUUGGUCCAUUACAAGGGACUUGAGUUCAUGGGCCUAUUCAACCCGAGGAAUCUAGCGAUCGUGGGAGGAAGCGUCGGCAGAGAGACACAGUUGAUCGGAGCGGCCAUCGCAGGUCUUGCAGCUCUCUGGGAGUCAAUUCUGAAGCGAUAG